AUGCCCUCGAAGACGAGGGAAGCGGGACAUGCGGGAGUCUGCCAUGCGGAAGCGGUAGCGUGCCUCCAGAAGGUUUUUGCAAAGAACAACACUGGCUUCGGGUCUGACAGCACGGAUCAGAACAUCGACCCGGGGAAUCUGCAGUAUGGCGAGAUCACAUACCAAGGCAUGCAGCCUCUGUAUAGCGCCCUGGAGCUUGGGCAAGGCGAUGUCUUCUAUGAUCUGGGCUGUGGGGUUGGGAAGCUGGUCCUCUACGUGGCCUUACGGGGCGAUGCCUCGCGCUCCGUGGGGCUAGAGGUCGGCCAGCGCCGCUUUCUGCUGGCAGAGGGGGCGCGCAGCUCGCUGGACGAGGAGCUUGACUCCCAGAAGAAAGCGGGCAAGUCCCAGUCCUCAGCGACGGAGUACAAGUUCAUGCUGGCCGACAUCAGCAGGCACCGCUACCUGGAUCCAACUGUCGCUGUCCUGACCAACCUCUGCAUGGACAUGGGAGUCCAAAGCCGGACGGUCAAUUGCCUUCUGCGUUGCCCCUCCUUCAGGCGUUUGGUGAGCAUCACUCCACUUCUGCAUUCAAGGCUGAAGUUGGUGCGCUCUGUCCUGGUCUCCUGUACCUGGGCCAAAGUGUCGGCGUGGCAGGUUUACGAUGUGCUGCCGCCGCAGGAGCCACUGGCCCGUUCUUUCAUCACCACGCCGACGGUCAUCAAGCGGUGCACCAGCGCAUCGGCCCUGAAGAGGCGUGGUGAGUUGAUGCUGUCACCGGCGCGGACUGAAAAGAAGGACACACUACCUCCAUUGUUGGGCUCGCAAAGUUUGCGGAGGGCUGGUGCAAGAAGUUUGCCUGCAAGCAGGCGUAGCAUGACAUCUGUGAAGCGGAGCGCUCUGCGCCUGAGCUCCAAUAUGGAGCCUGCUACGGAAGAGCCUACCAAGUAG